CAGCUUCAGACGGCUAGAUCGUGCAUUGAUUUAGGGCUUUCAAGCUCGUCGACUCUAUUGUCAAUAUGGCUACCAAAUCCGCGUCGAUAGGCGUCGGGGUUCCAAAUCAAACUCUAUACUGCACGAACCUGCCCGACAAAUUGCGAAAGCUUGACCUAAGGCUCGCCCUUUACACUUUAUUUUCCACCUAUGGAACAGUUCUCGACGUCGUAGCCAUGAAAACAGAGAAGAUGCGGGGUCAAGCCCACGUUGUGUUCAGGGACAUCCAGACCAGCACACAAGCCAUGCGAGCCCUACAAGGGUUCAACUUUUUCGGAAAAGAGAUGAAAAUUGUCUAUGCAAAAGGAAACUCUGAUAUAAUUGCAAAGCUUCGCGGCACUUAUGCACCUCAAACUGCGCCGGAACAGUCCGGAAUCUCUACCGAUCUCCAGAAAUCUAUCUUUAACGCGCCCCCUUCAGCAGUAGCAACGACUGAGGCCCGAAAUGUGGAUGAGUCGAAGCAGCAAGUACCACACGGAGUUAAGAGACCAAGAGAGGAAGAAAGUGAGGGAGAGGCCCCGAUGGAAGAAGAUGAAAGUGAUGUCCCCAUGGAAGCUUCAUCAGAUGAAGAGUAGUGUUUUUCUUGGACUCCGCCAAGUUAUCGAUGAUAUCCCCCCGGAUGGCAAUACUGGUACAGCAUCGUCGGCCGUUUGAGCAAGGCCAACAGGGCACGUGCCAAAUAUUGCUUCGUGUCUUAUCGCUCCGUUGCCAGCAACGAGAGGAUUUCGCAAAAAUUGCCGACGGCAAAUGAGAAUUGAGCCACGGCGGUUACUAGGAGCAUCGGCUGGCACCGGAUGGAUGGCUUAGAAUACCAGCGGGUGGACGCGCCACACCUACAGUGAAGCAGGUUUCCUCGUGGGCUUACUCGGAAGGCCAUUUUUGAAUUUGUUGGGUCUUUAUAAACAGCAACGAUAGGUAUUCUCCAAUGCCAUGUGGCAUGUCCCUUCCACCCAUUCAUGUAUACAGGAAUAAAGCGAACCCACCCAAUUUAAUGCUACAACAUGCCUUUGUUGUCCUCUUAUGAAAUGGGCAUUCGGGAAAAGUUUAUAAUCAUCCGUGGAAUUUCGAACACCUUUACUUUGUAGUUAGAUGUAUUCGCCGCUCGGCUUUGAGAAAUGGAAACGAAAGCAGGCUUGGCA